GAACGCCUGCAUCGGCGCUCGAUCCAGCAGCUAUGUGGCAGGGGAGGAGGGGUGUCGGCGGCACAACAGCGUGAUUGUUCCCGUCUCCUGCUUCUCCGUCAGCCGUGGGGUGGACAGCCAGCGCAGUGUGCGCCUUUCGCAGACUUGUCCUCUUCAGCAGCCCAGCAGCAAACAGUGGAGCUAUUGAUCUCUAGCAACAGUAGCGGAGCAGCUGCAAACCAGACAUCACCAGACACCAGGAAGAAGGACAGAGGAGCAGUCUGGAAAGUCCAAAUCACUCAUGCUUGCAUGCUUACAAAGGUGUGGAGCAGCUUUGGUGUCUCUGUUCCUUGAUCACUCUCCACUUCCUGGUGGAGGAUAGUAGUAGAGGUUUGGAUGCAGCUCGUGUGUUGGCUGCUGUGCCUUGGCCUAUUGGGGGCACUCGCUGCGCUGCAGAAGGACCAGGUGGCCGAGCAUGUCAUCAAGCUUUAUCGCAGCAAGGGGACCACGCAGGGCCACAGCUGGGCGGCCAACAACUGCAAGCGACUGGCAGGCCUCCUACGUCAGAAGAAUGUAGUGCUCAAGAAGUUGGCGGCUGCGGCAGAUGCUGUCAGCAGAGACCGGAGCCUUUCAGAGCAUGAAAGGCACUUCCAGGUUCACACUCUGGAGGUUUUCCAGAAAGAGCUGAAUGAGAGCGAGCACCUGGUGUUUCAGGCGGUGCACAGCCUGCAGAGGGCGCUGCAGGGCGAUUACAAGGACGUGGUCAACAUGAAGGAGAGCAGCAGACAGAGGCUGGAGGCACUGAGGGAGGCAGCCAUAAAGGAGGAACAGGAGUAUGUGGAGCUGGUGGCUGCUGAGAAGCACCAGCAGGAAGCCAUCAAGAGCGCCUUAGCGCAGAAUAAAACCCUGUCCAUGCUGGAUGAAAUCCUGGAGGACGUCAGGAAGGCAGCGGAUCGACUAGAGGAGGAGAUUGAAGAGCACGCGUUUGACAACAACAAGCAGAUGAAAGGCGUUAACGUGGAGGCGGUGUUGCGAGUGGAGGAAGACGAAGAGAACGGGGGGAAGAGGACCAACAAGUCGAGGCCGAAGGAGGUGGAGGAUGACCUAGGUCUGAGCAUGCUCAUCGACUCGCAGAACAACCAGUACGUUCUGACCAAGCCGCGGGACUCAACGAUGCCGAGGGCAGACCACCACUUCAUCAAGGACCUGGUGUCAGUGGUGAUGUUGUCCCUACCUUGUGGCUGGAUUUGCACCCUGGUCGGCCUCCCUCCAAUGUUUGGAUACAUCAUCUGUGGAGUGCUGCUCGGUCCUUCAGGCCUCAACAGCAUUAAGUCUAUGGUGCAGGUGGAGACUUUAGGGGAACUAGGUGUGUUCUUCACUCUCUUUGUGGUUGGACUAGAAUUUUCCCCUGAGCGCCUUAGAAAGGUAUGGAAGACAUCACUUCAGGGCUCGUGCUACCUCAGCCUUCUGAUGGUCGGAGCCGGGUUGUUGUGGGGACAAGUCCUUCAUAUUCGACCGACCCAGACAUUCUUCGUUUCCACUUGUCUUUCCCUGUCCAGCACUCCGCUAGUGUCCCGCUUCGUUGCAGGAGGUAGUCGGGGCGACAAGGACGGUGACCUGGACUACAGCAGUGUCCUACUUGGGAUGUUAGUGAUGCAGGAUGUUCAGCUCGGCCUCUUCAUCGCAGUCAUGCCAACGCUAAUACAGGCGCAGACCGGAGACUUGGACAGCUUCUUGUUCGGAAGUCUGCAUGUGCUGUAUCUCCUGGCCCAGGUCCUGGCGUCUCUGGCUGGUGUGCUGUUGCUGUGCUUGUUAAUAAAAUCCUACCUGAUCGGCCCAUAUUACAAGAAACUACAUGGCGAGAGCAAAGGCAACAAGGAGAUCCUAGUGCUGGGAGUGGCUGCGUUUGUCUUUGUCAUGCUGACGGUCACUGAGUUUCUGGAGGUUUCCAUGGAGCUUGGUUGUUUCCUAGCUGGAGCUUUACUCUCCUCCCAGGGCCACAUGGUUACCACUGAGGUGAUGGGGUGCAUCGAACCAAUCAGAGACUUCCUCGCCAUCAUCUUCUUUGCAUCCAUCGGCCUCCAUGUGUUCCCAACAUUUGUGCUGUAUGAGCUCACCAUUCUUCUGGUCCUGACGCUCACACUCGUCAUUAUGAAGUUCCUAAUGGCCGUGCUGGUUCUGUCCGUGAUCCUGCCUCUGGGCUCUCGACACAUACGGUGGGUUGUCUCAGCCGGGCUCGCGCAGGUCAGUGAAUUCUCCUUCGUCCUGGGCAGCCGCGCUCGUCGGGCUGGGAUCAUCUCUAGAGAAGUUUACCUCCUGGUUCUCAGCGUCACUACACUCAGUUUGCUGCUGGCUCCGGUGUUGUGGAGAGUGACCACGCACCGAUGGGUUCCUCGGGCCGAGCGCAAAGCACUCACAUGAGCAGCCUGACUUCAGGGUCAGGAAGGAAAAAGGAAAACGGCUUAUUUCAGUUCAGAACGGCUUUGACGUUAACGCACAUAGACAGAACGAAGCCUGUGAACUCUGCCUUAUGUUACUACAUACAUGAUUACACUACAUUAUGUUUAACAAGUGUCUCUUUCAGCAUUAAUAAAAACAAGCAUCAUAUGUAUAUAUAUAUAUGUAUAUAUAUAUAUAUAUAUGUAUAUAUGUAUAUAUAUAUAUGUAUAUGUAUAUGUAUUGUAUUCUACUUUUUUAGCAGGUCAUGUUUGUUCAUUCCUUUCAUCACAUGGACCAAAAGGCUUUAUUUGAAUUCUAUAUGGUGUGUCUUUGUAGGUAGAAAAAUUUUAUUAUAAUUUUCUUCUUCUUUUCUGUACUUGAUUUUCCUGCUGCUGUAUUUAUUUGGUAUUUUUUAUUUGAACGUUCUGAUCAUUGUGAGUUUAGGUGUUUUAACAAGACCUAGUGGUAAUUUAAACACUACAAUCAUGUAUUUCUUUAGGGAUUUUACAUUUGCAAUCUUACACAAAAGUAAAAGGAAUGUAGUCUACAAUAUACAAAGUUAAGCAGCAGCUCAUAGAUGCUAUUCACUCACAGAUCUUGCACACGUAACCUACUGAAUGUCAGACUUUGGUGCCUGCGGCCCUUCAUGCCAUAAAGGUCUUCAUGAAGUGCAACGUAAACGUAUUUAAAACUGUCACAUGUUACUGUAAAAUUUGAAAUUCCUUCCAGUUGUUUUUCCUGAGGUUGAUUGUGGUUGAGUUUACAUAUUUAUGGUGGUGGUCAUGACACUCACAGGUACAAUGCUGUUGUCAGUGUGUAUUUUUAAAAUUACUUUAAUUACUUCAUUUAUUUAUUAAAGUGACAAUGAAGAGG